AUGUGUAGACAAGCAGUGUCGAUUGAGGCUGGUGAUACGUGUCCAGCAGACGGCUGUGACAGAAUGGCUUCACCGAUUCGGACUAUAUGGGUUGUCCGCCAUGCUGAAAGAGAGGAUAACAUUAAUAGAGGUUGGAGGAAAUUACCCGGCGGUAGCGAUCUAUUGUCAGAUAAUAGCAUGCUGAGCGAGCGAGGACGAACUCAGGCCAAAGAAUGUGCCGUUAGAUUUCGUAAAAUCGACAUUGCUCACGUAUUUGCUUCACCUUAUGAUAGAACAAUUGAAACUGCCUCAACUAUCGUUGCAGACAAGAAUUUACUAGUAAAGCCAGAACCAGGAUUGUGUGAAGCGCUGUAUCUUUGCCAUAAUCCACCCGGUUUCUGGGAUACUGACAAGUUGAAGGAGAAAUUCCCACUGGUAGACACCGACUACGUUCCAGUAUAUUCUAAGCACACAUUGCCCAAAGAAGGUUUCGGUGACGAUGCAUGCGUACCACGAGUUCGUACCACACUUAACCGCCUGACGGAGAAGUACGAUGGAGACCUACUACUGGUCAGUCAUGGCGCGCCCAUUGGGGCAAUUCAUGAGAUUUGGGGCAAGGACUUCACUUACGUGGGUCAAGCCACCGUCUCGAAAUUCGUCGAAACAGAGAAAGGCAAAUUCCGGAUGGAAUUCAGUAGCGAUGCAAGUCAUCUUUCUGACAAAAGUAAUUUACGCCCAUGGUAA